AUGGCAAACCUGGAAUCAAGUCUCAAGAAUGCCUCCUACUUUCGUUGUGAGAAGGGAAACGAUUCUGUCCCUGUGUGCCAGCGGUGCGAAACGUGCGUCUUGGCUCGGAAGAUCUUCUUUACCAAAGAGUGGUUCCAGAGGAUCGGGGAGAUAGCUCAGAGGAGGUUUCUAGUUAGCAUCCUGGAACAGUUAGAUAGCUUUUAUUUGUUACACUAUUUCCAAACUAUCCUCCAGUCCAUUCAGGGGAAGGAUUUCAUCUAUAACAGGUCCCGGAUUGACCUCAGCAGGAAGGAGGGGAAAACCAUGAAGUCCUCCUUAAACCAGAUGCUGAGUAAAACAGUAGAACAGAAGAUGAGGGAGCUAUUGUGCUGGUUUGGGACCACCGCCCACCAGACUAAGGCAAAGUAUACACUCUCGCUGCUGCAGAUGUGCAACCCUCAGUUACUGCUCACGGCUGCCACUGUCGUCAGAGUCCUGUUUCAGAGAGAGCAGAACAACAUCUCAGGGCUCGAUCAAGACUCUAACCAUAUGUUUUUCUUCCCUGAAAAAGACUGCAACUCACAGUUUGAUACUUUACAUGUUUACCGCACAGCCAGAACCAAGAACACAUCUUUCCCUUUGUCCAAAGAUUUAGGAAAAGAAAGGUUGCAUAAAAAGGCUCGGGGGGAAGCAUCUAAUACUGAGGGAAGAUGGAAGGGUUCGCUCCAGUGUAUUUCCGAGAUGAAUAGGCUAUUUCCCAAAAAAGCAGACAUGCACAAGACUGGGCAUGCCCCCUCCGAUCUGUUGGUUGACAUGGAUGCUGUCAGAGACCUGUCUUCUGGCGUCAGCAAGUACCGGGACUUCAUCCGUCACCUGCCCAUCCACCUCUCCAAGUAUAUUCUAAGUAUGCUUGAUAAAAAAAGCCUGAACAGAUGCUCCUUUGUGAGCCAGCACUGGGCUGUCCUGGCACAGCAAGUCAGGUUGGACCGGUCCAUGCACACAUUCAUCCAGAACCGGAUUGCCUUACUGCAGGGGUCCUACACAAGGGGAAUAGAUCCUAAUUACGCCAACAAGCUUUCCAUUCCAGUUCCUAAAAUGACAGAUGACGGAAAGCGCAUACGUGUGAAAAAUCAGAAAUGGAAACUGAGAACAAAGAGUGACUACAACCUGUGGACGGCAUACCAGAACCAGGAAACGCAGCAGGUCCAGAUGGAGGAGAGAAAUGUCUUCUGUGGGACUUACAACAUCCGUAUUGUCUCUGACGUGUGGGACAGAAACAGAAUCAUCCACUAUUCUGGGGGAGAUCUGGUAGCUGUGUCAUCCAAUCGGAAGAUCCAGCUCCUGGACAUCCUACAAGUAAAGGAGGUACCUGUUGAAUUUCGGGGCCACGCUGGCAGAGUCCGUGCCCUCUUCUUGUGUGAGCAGGAAAACUUCCUCCUGAGCGGCAGCUACGACCUGAGUAUCAGAUACUGGGACCUGAAAAGUGGGGCUUGCAUACGAAUCUUCAAUGGCCACCAGGGGACAAUCACUUGCAUCGAUUUAUAUAAGAACAAGCUCGUAUCUGGAGCAAGAGAUUGCCAGGUGAAAGAGUGGGACAUAGAGACGGGGAAGUGCCUGAAGACGUUUAAACACAAAGACCCCAUCCUGGCCACCAGGAUCAAUGACACCUACAUAGUGAGCAGCUGUGAGCGAGGGCUGGUCAAAGUGUGGCACAUCGCCAUGGCUCAGCUGGUCAAGACUCUCAGUGGCCAUGAGGGAGCUGUGAAGUGCCUGUGCUUUGACGAGUGGCACCUCCUCUCGGGAAGUACCGACGGCCUGGUCAUAGCCUGGAGCAUGGUGGGCAAGUAUGAGCGAUGCCUCAUGGCCUACAAGCAUCCCAAGGAGGUGCUGCACGUGGCCCUUCUCUUCCUCAGGGUCAUCAGCUCCUGUGCAGAUGGCAAGAUCCGCAUCUACAACUUCCUAAACGGGAACUGUCUGAAGGUGAUGAAAGCCAACGGCAGAGGUGAUCCCGUGCUGUCCUUCUUUAUUCAGGGCAACAGGAUGGUGAUCAACACGGAAAGCAAUAUUCUCAUGUUCCAGUUCGAGAAUAUAAAGUGGCAGUACUUCCAGGAACGGGCCAAACAGAGGAAGAACAAGGACAGAGAGGAGGACAGGGAAGAAAGCAGCCUCACAGAAGUCCUCUCCAAAGCCAGCACUCAGGCAUACAGCCUGAAGGCCUCCACAUCCAGUAAACAGGUGGUGGCCCUGGAGUCCCUGCUCAGUAAGCCUCACAGGUCCCGUGUCCUGCUGAGGGCAGCCAGGUUCCCAUCAGCAAUCUCCACAGAGGAACUUCACGGUCAAGGAAAGCCAGCAUCACCCCAAAGAGACAGCAAGAAGAGAGCGAGUCCUGUUUCUAAGGCAGCAAACGGCCUGGAUGGUGGGCCGGAGAGUUCGGAGGCAAACGCCCUCGCAGGAGAUAAGAUGAACGAUGAUGUGGAGAAAGUACCAAAACAAGAACUGGAAACUCCUGGAGACCUGACCAGUCCCUCAAAUAAAAAGUCCUGGCAAAUCCCCAUGUUGCCAGACCGGUUCCUCCUGACCAUUAAUGCCCUGCAGCAAGCCCAUAAUUCACGGGAGUUUGCCUAUCCCCGCAGGCCCCAGACCCAAGUCAUUGACACCUGGGUGCCUUCAAUUUCACACCCAAGGAAGGUCCUUAGUUUCAAAGGAAAAUCAAUACAACAUGCAGUUGAUAGGCUGAGAGCCAGCCACCCUCCCAUAGAUGUGAAACAAACCAGUAUUCCCCUUGAAAUUCAGACACUGCAGCCUAACUUGAAGAAGUCUUUGCACAGUUCCCGAGUCCAGUCCACCAUACCCCAGCGCAGGAUUAUCCACACCAGGCUCGCUGGCCGCUUAGAGGGUGAAGACCGAGCAACCGGUUCAGUUGACAGGACAGUGCGCAGCGUCAGCCCCUUAACCAGCAUGCAGGUCAUUAUGCCAAACCGCAUGCUGCCUCCACCAGUAAGCAGGACAACCCAGUCUGUCAAGAAAGAACGGCCUCGUCUCUACACGGCCCUCAAUCCCUUUAGAGUGAACACUGAAUUCAUGCUGUUGACUGUGAGGGAGGAGAAAGAGUAUGAGGAAGCCAAGAUGAAAGAAUAUCAGGCCAGAAAGCUCACCGGAGUGGUCAAUCCAGACAAAGCCAGGAAAGCUGCUUGGAUCAGGAAGAUCAAAGGCCUGCCUAUAGAUAAUUUCAUGAAGCAAGGGAAAACAGCAGCCCCUGAACUUGGUCAAAAUGUAUUUAUCUAA